UCAGAGACUGGAGUUCCCCAGAAUGGAAUAUCUCAGCCUUGGAAGUUAUCUCCUGGAUAAUCCUGAGUCUGAAAGUUUCUAAAUUUAAGAGUUCUUUAAGCACCAGUCCCAUAGAGAAAAUAUUUCCUCUACACUGUGCUCUUUGAAGAAGAAAGAGGACUCCCAGUAGUUACUGGAACCACCCAGUGGAGACAAGUAGCACCUCAACCAGACCAGGCUAUUGCAAAGUGCAGUGAGCACAAAAGCUAGACACCAUGUCAUGCUAUGGGAGAUAUGGAGGAGAGACCAAAGUAUAUGUUGGCAACCUAGAAACCGGUGCUGGUAAAGGAGAAUUAGAAAGAGCCUUUAGUUAUUAUGGUCCCUUAAGAACUGUAUGGAUUGCCAGAAAUCCUCCAGGAUUUGCCUUUGUGGAGUUUGAAGAUCCAAGAGAUGCAGAAGAUGCAGUCCAGGGUCUGGACGGAAAAGUGAUUUGUGGCUCCCGAGUAAGAGUCGAAUUGUCAACAGGCCUGCCUCGAAGAUCCCGAUAUGAUAGACCACCUGCACGCUGCCCAUUCGAUCCUAAUGAUAGAUGUUACGAGUGUGGGGAGAAAGGUCAUUAUGCUUAUGAUUGUCAUCGCUAUAGCCGGCGAAGGAGAAGCAGAUCACGAUCCAGAUCUCACUCAAGAUCCCGAGGAAGGAGAUAUUCUCGCUCACGAAGCAGGAGCCGUGGAAGGAGGUCAAGAUCUGCAUCUCCUCGAAGACCUAGAUCUGCAUCUCUGCGUAGAUCUAGAUCUGCUUCAAUUCAAUCUCGAUCAGGUUCUUUAAAAAGAUCGAGAUCAUCCCGUUCAAGAUCCCGAUCCAGGUCCAGGUCUCUUUCAAGACCUAGAAGCAGCCAAUCAAAGUCCAGAUCACCAUCUCCAAAGAGAAGCCACUCACCUUCUGGAAGUCCUCGCAGGAGUGCAAGUCCUGAAAGAAUGGACUAACGUGAAAAAAAAAUUGCCUUUUAGGAAGAAAAUUAUUUUGUUUACCUUAUUAUAAGAGAUUUUGUGAUAUCUGUUCAAUGCAAAUGUAACCUAGAAGGGUAUUUGAAUCAUCUAAUAAUCAGAAUGGAUCUGGAUAUUUUAAGAGUUCUGUAAACCUACAUCAACAAAGUAGUAUUAAUUUUUUGUUUUAGAUAUAUAUUAAUAUCCUUUGAUCUAAAAAUGUGGGGAUUUUCUUGUUGGCACAGUAAGAAUAAAAAUGUGUAUUUCUAACUAGACUUCUGAUUUGUGAUCACUACUGUUGGCUGUAGCUUGGACCUAGAGAGCUUGUUAGGCCUAUUCAGGAUGAAUAGCUGGAUGUGACUAGAAGGUGAUAAAAAUGGUUAGGUUGAGUGCAUUAAUGAAAUCUUUCAUAUAUUGAAAACUUUAUCUUUUUCUAGUAGAUAAAUUUGGAAGUAGUUGUUUUAGAGAGUUUAAAAGAACCUUAAUUUUUCAUAAUUGCCUGUCAUAAAAAUCUGUGACAAAAUCUUAAAUUCUAUGUUAACACAAUGUUAAAUGCCCCAUGAAAUUAUCACCAAGAGACUGUGAUUUGUUAGCCUAAAUUGGUAUGGCAGUAGAACAGAGCAUAAAAUUAAACUUGGGGUAAUGCUGAAGAGUUCGUGAAAAGUAAUACACAACAGCACAAAUCUGAUUUCUGGGCAACUGUAUUAUGUAGCACCUAAUGUUUAUACAAGAGGAAGUAUUAGACAGGUUUUCAUCAGGUGAAGUGGUAUACUAAGGAGUGUUGAGAAAGUCACCAUUUGGGGAGCUAUUGCCCAGGACUAUGCAGUUGUUUUUAGUAGUAAUACAUACAUUUUAGUAUUACAUUUUUCAGAGUUGGCCAAAAAUGAGUGUAUGUUUUAAGACUUGAUUGGAUUAAAGACUAAGAUAAAUGUAAGUUAUCUUUGCAGAAUGGUUCUGUUUCCAUCUCCCACAUCUGUUAACUUCUUGUGCUAACUUUCUCCCUUGCCACCAAAAAGGGAGAUUUUGGAAGGCCAGUGCAAAGUAUUUAAAUAUAUUGUUGAUUAUAAGACAAAAUAAAACAUGGUUCAUACACCAACAGUACAUUUACAUUCUUAGCAUUUGACCUGCCUCUUGGAUCACUUCACAAACUUAAUUUUUUCAUAGAAUCCAAUAAUGUUUCCCACAGCUUAAAUAUAUAGCAUUAGAAUAUUCUCUCACCAAAAAGCACAAGUGAUCUCUAUUUGGAGAUAUUUGUUUGCCAGUUCUAGUUUUAGUACAAGUUUAACUUUUGAGGGCCAUAAUUUUCCAGUGUACCUGGUACUGACAUCUGCCAUAAGUUUAAAAUAUAUCAGAUAGUAAGUCAGUAGUUUUAAGUUUAUUAGUUCAUUUUUGAAUGCUUUGGUAUACCCAAGAACUUUUUUUUUUUUAAUAUGCUAAAGUUUUUGCAGAAACGUCAGGAAAUUGAGGGUUUAAAUAUUGAUUGAGCAAUGUGAUUUUGGUAUAAAAGCCACUUGCAGUGUACUGGUUUAUUUGUUGCAUUUUAUCAGCUUUAACUGUUCUGUACUAUAUUAAAGUAAAUUUACUUUAAAAUAAAUCUGCAGAGAUUAAAAAGCCAAAAAACGAAAAGAAGGAAGAGGACUACCAAAGUGCCCCAUGCAGCCAGAGGACUGGAACCAUGUCAUAGGUGGGUGCACAAAAGAUUGCCAGCCUUUGCAUCCCAAUCCUAUGAGUUACUGAGACAGUACAGGUCCAAGGUGCGUGGGGCAUACUUUUAAGUAGCCCCCAAAGUGUAUAUACCUUCGAGAGAAUCUAAUGGGCUAUUUGAAUGCUUUAUGUUUCUGUAAUUGUUUGUGGGCUCCUGUGAGUUCUUUGCAUCUUAUACAUUUUCUAUGGUGAGUGAAAUAAAGUCUUCUUUAGUACCAAUA